GUUAAGAAGAAGUCGCAAAGUAGAACAGGACCAGUGGGAAUGUUUAAUUUGUGUAAUUGCAAUCAUCGCCGCGUUUCUUCUUUGUUCGACGCACAUUAAUAACAUAUGACGUUUGUUUCACUCGUCAUCUCAACAUGUAGUCUCCUCUCGGUGGACUCUACAAACUUCUCUCAAGCUGGUUUAGCUGGUUGGCUGCUAACGGAGAGACGCGGAAGUUAGCAACACAUGCUAAGUGUUGUUAUUGUCUGAAAAUGUGCACAAAUGCUGGGAGCGUUGGUGAAUGGGCAACUUUCUGCUGCUUUUGUAAGAAAUAUUUGUUGUCUUAGUGGAGUACGUGGAGGAACUUUCUCGGGAAAAAAGAGGAGAACGACGACAACGUCAACAACUGGACGCUUUUUUUCCAGGCUUCAAAUGGAGUUACACAAAGCAGACGUCAUUGAAGAAGAUCCCCCUGAGAAGCAGAAGUGGAGCCCCAGGGUGGAGAAGGAGGAGCAACACAUUAAAGAGGAAGAAGAAGAGCGCAGCAUCAAUCAGGAGGAGGAGCAACUUGAAGUACUUAGUGUGAUCGUGAAGAGCGACGAUGAUGAAGACGAAGCUCGGUGGUCACAGCUUGAAGACGGUCAAAGUGAGGAGAAGAGAAGGUCAGACGCUGACCACCACUCAGUGCCGCUAUCAGAUAGCGACACCACGGCGCCACGCUCUCCUGACACUGACGAUGAGGACUCUGAAACUGACAUGACGCGUCACACUGACAGACACUUUGAAUGCUGUCAGUGCGACAAAACUUUUGACAAGGUGACACGUUUGAAGUCACACAUGAAAUGUCACAAAGAAGACAAAAUCUUCAUCUGCCCGUUUUGCGGUAAGAGCUUCAGUGUGCAGGAACACUUGCUCACUCACAUGAUGAUCCACACCGGAGAGAAACCUUUCAUUUGUUCAAUCUGCGGUGGAUGUUUUGCCCUGAAAAAUACUUUGAUCAUACACAUGCGAACGCACAGCGGCGAGAAACCUUUCGCUUGUUCGGUGUGCGGUGAGAGGUUCUCCCAGAAAGUCAAUUUAACAACACACAUGAGAACGCACACGGGAGAGAAGCCUUUUCCCUGUUCGGUGUGCGGGGAGAAUUUCUCCCAAAAAGGUAACCUGAUGAAACAUAUGAGAACGCACACUGGCGAGAAACCAUUCCCCUGCUCAGUUUGUGGGGAGAAAUUCUCCCAGAAAGGGAAUUUGAUCAUCCACAUGAGAACGCACACCGGCGAGAAACCGUUUCCUUGCUCGGUGUGCGGCAAAACGUUCUCUCUGAAAGGCAGUUUGAUGAAACACACACGGACGCACACGGGGGAGAAACCCUUUUCUUGUUCCGUGUGUGGCGAGAAGUUUGCUCAAAGAGGAAAUCUGAACAUACACAGAAGGAAACACACCGGUGAGAAACCUUUCGGCUGCAGUGUGUGCGACGAAAAGUUCCCUCAGAAGGUGCAGCUGAACAAACACAAGUGUGCUGGCGAGAAGAGCAGCAGUACAAAGGACCAACGCGGAGUACGAGGGGCGGACCUUGUCGAACAAAAGAGGAGUUCGAGCCACAACGUCAACUACUGGACGCUGUUUUCAAGACUCAAAUGGAGUCACACAGAGCAGUUUACCAGCACCAACGUCGAUGAAGAAGAUCUUCCACCGGAGCAGCUCGAGUGGAGCCCCAGGGUGGAGCAGGAGGAGUCACAGCCCCCGUACAUUAAAGAGGAGGAGGAGGAGCACAGCAUCAGUCAGGAUGAGGCUGACGUCAGCAAAUUUCCGGUGAUUCGUGUGAUUGUGAAGAGCGAUGAGGACGAAGCUCAGUGGUCACAACUUGAUGACAGUCAAAGUGAGGGGAGGAGAAGAUCGGAAGCAGGGAGCCUCUUAUCGCCACUUUCUGAAAGUGAUCAUAGUGAUGAUGAAAACAUUAAAGGUGACGGGAGAUCACAAAAUGACAGUAAGCACUUUAAGUGUUCUCAAUGUGAUAAAGCUUUCGGCAGAAAGCGAAAUUUGAAAACGCACAUGAUGAGCCACACCGGAGAGAAACCUUUCAUUUGUUCAAUCUGCGGCAGCGGGUUUUCUCUCAAAGGCACCUUGAUGAUACACAUGAGAACUCACACCGGGGAGAAACCUUUUCCCUGUGACAUUUGCGGCGAAAGAUUCUCCCAGAAAGUCAAUUUAACAAAACACAUGAGAAAGCACACCGGAGAGAAACCUUUUCCCUGCUCGGUGUGCGGUGAAAAAUUCUCCCAGAAAGGAAAUUUGGUGAUACACAUGAGGUGGCACUCAGGCGAGAAACCUUUUGCCUGCCCAGUAUGCGGGGAAAACUUCUCCCAAAAGGGAAAUUUAAUGAUACAUGUGAGGACACACACUGGGGAAAAGCCUUUUCCCUGUGAAAUGUGCGGGCAAAUGUUUGCCAGGAAGGACAUUUUGCUGAAGCACACACGAACGCACACCGGCGAGAAACCAUUUCCCUGCUCGGUUUGCGGCGAGAGAUUCGCACAAAAGGGCAACCUCAAGACGCACACGAGGAAACACACUGGAGAGAAACCCUUUAGCUGCGAUGUGUGCAAUGAGAAAUUUGCUUACAAAUACCAGCUGAACAAACACAAGUGUGCUGGUGAGCUCGGCAGCAGUAAAUGAACUUGCAGGGUGUGAAAUGCAAUCAACCGCUAAAAUUGAAUGUACUUGACGUUGGAAACAAUCACAAUUGAUCUGAAAAUGGCGACUGUUUAUAAAGUCAGCGUGUCUCACAAGAGCUCAGCUGAGCAAUCAUAAAGUGUGUGAAGUCCCUAAGAAACAUUAACUUUUCAACUAAAAUAACAGUAUUUGUUCGUAAAUACAGUAUAUGCUGCUUUGAAGAAAAGAAUGUAUACCGUGUUUUUCGGAGUAUAAGUCGCUUCGGAGUGUAAGUCGCACCGGCCGAAAAUGCAUAAUAAAGAAGGAAAAAAACGUAUAUAAGUCACGUUUUUUGGGGAAAUUUAUUUGAUAAAACCCAACACCAAGAAUAGACAUUUGAAAGGCAAUUUAAAAUAAAUAAAGAAUAGUGAACAACAGGCUGAAUAAGUGUAUGUUAUAUGAGGCAUAAAUAACCAACUGAGAACGUGCCUGGUAUGUUAACGUAACAUAUUAUGGUAAGAGUCAUUCAAAUAACUAUAAAAUAUAGAACAUGCUAUACGUUUACCAAACAAUCUGUCACUCCUAAUCCCUGAAUCCCAUGAAAUCUUAUACGUCUAGUCUCUUACGUGAAUGAGCUAAAUAAUAUUAUUUGAUAUUUUACGGUAAUGAGUUAAUAAUUUCACACAUAAGUCGCUCCUGAGUAUAAGUCGCAAAAAAACUGUGACUUAUAGUCCGAAAAAUACGGUAUAUUGGCUCUGUAUUAAAACCUGUGUGGUUUCUUGCAGGCAUUGACAAUAUGAACAAUUAACUUUUUUUUUCUUUUUUUUUUUACAAAGUGUGAUACUUUCUCAGCUUCUGUUGGAUAUUUCUUUGAUAUAUUAACUACAAUAAAAGUAUCAACUGUAA